AUGGAAGAGAAACUCAAAGUGUAUGUAUACAGAGAAGGUGCUAGACCGAUACUGCAUUCACCAUUUCUCACAGGAAUCUAUGCUUCUGAAGGAUGGUUCAUGAAGCUGAUGGAAGCUAAUAAAAGAUUUGCUCCAUCAGAAACAAAGUUGCGUUUGGCAACCUGCAUAAGGUCCCUCUGCAACGCCGAUGUAAAAGAAGGAUUUUUCUUCGGCAAAGACGCGUCUCUACCAGAAACAUACGUCCGAAACGCUCAAAACCCAACAUGGGAUCUCGGCGGCAACACAUUUUCAAAGAAGACAACACUAGCCUUCUUCGCAGGGAGCAUGCACGGUUACGUGAGGCCGAUUCUGCUAAAGCACUGGGAAAACAAAGAUCCCGACAUGAAAAUCUUCGGAAAGUUGCCAAAAUCUAAAGGAAACAGCAACCACAUCCACUACAUGAAGAGUAGCAAGUACUGCAUUUGUGCAAGAGGGUAUGAAGUAAAUAGUCCACGAGUCGUGGAAGCUAUUUUCUACGAAUGUGUUCCGGUUAUCAUAUCGGAUAACUUUGUGCCGCCGUUUUUCGAGGUUUUGAAUUGGGAAUCAUUUAGUGUUGUGGUUUUGGAGAAGGAUAUUCCGAAUUUGAAAAAUAUACUGGUUUCGAUUCCGGAAAAGAGGUAUCUUAGAUUGCUUAUGAGGGUGAAAAAGGUGCAGAAGCUUUUUCUGUGGCACAAGAAUCCUGUCAAAUAUGAUAUAUUUCAUAUGAUACUUCACUCUAUUUGGUACAAUAGAGUCUUCUCUGCCAUUAGCUAG